CCAGAGAAAAAACGGAGCACAAACACGGGACAGAAUAAGCUGGAGAGCGACUUAUUCGGGUCGGAAGUCGGGUUUUGUUGUUUAUCCUGCUCUCGUGAAGUCUUCACGAAUUAGUUACUGAGAAAAGCGAGUUACUUCGAGCGUUAUUCCUCAUGGACAGGCGCGCGCGCUGGAGGACAGAAGUGGAUUUUAAACAUCUUUGGCUCUGCACUUAUCUGUUAAUGAAACUUACGCCGUAAUAAGGGCCUCUUCUUGGCCUCAAACACUCACAGCUAAUGGAAGUCUUGGAGGAGUAUCCUUACAAUGAAAGCUUCCUCAAAAAUGCCUUUAACAGCCUCAACACUACGGACGGAGGCAGAAGACAUCAGUACAAUUAUUACGCAAUGCUUCUCACCCUGCUCAUUUUCGUCAUUGUCUUCGGAAACGUACUUGUCUGCAUGGCUGUGUCCAGAGAGAAAGCUCUACAGACCACUACCAAUUACCUGAUCGUAAGCUUGGCUGUUGCUGACCUGCUGGUGGCGACUCUGGUUAUGCCAUGGGUGGUAUAUCUUGAGGUGGUGGGAGAAUGGAGAUUUAGUACAAUCCACUGUGACAUAUUUGUAACACUUGAUGUUAUGAUGUGCACAGCAAGCAUCCUUAAUCUUUGUGCCAUUAGCAUCGAUAGGUAUACAGCAGUUGCCAUGCCGAUGUUGUAUAAUACACGCUACAGCUCCAGGAGGAGAGUCACAGUCAUGAUCUCAGUAGUGUGGAUCCUGUCAUUUGCCAUUUCAUGCCCCCUGCUGUUUGGCCUCAAUAACACAGAGAGCCACGAUGAAGCCCUUUGUGUAAUCGCAAACCCCGCCUUUGUAGUCUACUCUUCUGUUGUGUCCUUCUAUGUACCCUUCAUUAUCACCCUGCUUGUGUACGUGCAGAUCUACGUAGUGCUGCGUAGACGACGAAAACGUGUCAGCACAAAACGCACAUACCCAAGCAGCAACCUGGACAUGGGCAGUCUGAAGAAAUGCACUCACCCUGAUGAUGUGAAGCUGUGCACCGUCACUUUGAAGUCCAAUGGGAAUUUCCCUGUUAAUAACAAAAAUGUUUUUAUAAAAGACAUAGCCAAAAAUGAAAAUGAAAGCCAAAUGGAGGAAAUCACAAACCUUAAUCCUCCAAACCAGAGAACACUUGAGCAGACAGGUGACAGUCAGCAUGGGCUUCUGCUUGUUACAAACCACAGUGAAAUAGAUGUGGCACCCUCCGCUCCCGAGCUCAAGCCAGCGAGGAAUGGAAAGACAUACGACACCUCCAAAAUGCCUAAAGCAUUUGAGACACAGGUGUCUCCCAGUGGCAAAAUGCAGACAUCAGUGAAGUCCAUCAGCAAGCGCAAAAUCUCUCAGCAGAAAGAAAAGAAGGCUACUCAGAUGUUGGCUAUUGUGCUUGGUGUGUUUAUUAUAUGCUGGCUGCCGUUCUUCAUCACACACAUAGUGAACACAUACUGUCACGUUCCAGCAGAACUCUACACAGCUUUUACCUGGCUCGGUUACGUCAACAGUGCCGUGAACCCCAUCAUAUACACCACUUUCAAUAUCGAGUUCCGCAAGGCUUUCAUUAAGAUCCUGCACUGCUGAAGAACAAAGCUCACUUACAUAUGUUCUGCAUAAGCUUAUUCCUUUGAUUACUGGAAAUGAAUGUACACAAAUCUAAGAAUGUAUUAUAAAAGCAAUUUUUCCAGUGUCAUCUCAUGCAACAAUAAGACAUUUCUGGAUAUUUGAUAUGAAGGGGUCCGUCAGUAUAUCCUUGGCAGUAUUAUUUCUGUUCAUUGA